GACACACGCAGUGUAUGUCUACAAAUGACCUGCAGGGGGCAGCGGUGCGCCUGCGCUGAGUUUAGUCUUCCAGGAGAAGAAGAAAACCCACUCAAGGUUUAUUGUUAGCUGAACUCCUCUGAGGGCUGGAGUGGAAGGCGGUGGGGUUUUCUUUCUUACCCUGUUUCAGGCCCGUGUUUCCGCAGGUGCAGUAAUGACGACCUUACAUCGGGACCUGAGACGGUUUAUUAACGGCCGACUAACUGCUGCUGCCGAAGAAAUAUUCCUGGAGUUUGAAAAAACGAUCGUCCAGUACGAGGAAGUGAUCGACCGUCAGCGCAGACUGCUGGAGAUCACCUGGAAGCCUCAGAUAAAGCUCCACAGAAUAGGCCUCCCACAGCACCAUGACUCCAACAGGGAGAAACUUCCUACAGAGCAGGAGAAGCUCUCCAGCCUGGAGCAGGAGUCACAACAUGAUCGUAAUAAGGACGAGGCUCCUUCUGAACAGGAGACCUCCAGCCUGAAGCUGGAUCCUCCUCAGCAACAUGACUGUAAUAAGGAACGGGUUCUUCCUGAGCAGGAGGGGAACUCCAGGCUGGAGCAGGAACCUCUGCAGGUUAAAGAGGAACUGGAAGAACUCCACGCCAGCCGGGUGGAAGCAGCGCCUCUGCAGAUUAAAGAGGAGCAGGAGGAGCUCUGCACCGCCUACGAGGCAGAGCACCUUAUAGUGAAGGAGGAGGACGAUACCUUAAUGGUGACUCUUACUUACGGGGAAAGUGACAGUGAAACAGAGCCAAUCAGCGAGCAGCUCCUGUCUCACAGCCCGCCUGCAGCCGAGAGCCGAGAUCAGGAAGGGAGCACGAACGCAGCCUCGGGAUCGGGCGCAGACGCAGAGCCAAAGCCAACGAAGAGACUCGCUAAAAGCAGAAGUGACAGUGCAGAGCGCGCUCCCAUGUCAGAGAGUCAGGGUAAUACGGACGCAGACCUCCGACCGCGACGCCUCUCCGAGGAUGAGGAGGUUCUCGUGAACCAGGAGAGGGACUCCAGCCUGAACCAGGAGGAACCAGCAGCUCGACGGAUCAAAGAGGAGGAGGAGGAGCUCAGCAUCAGUCAGGCGGGAGAGCUGCUCGUUCUGGACGAGGACGGGGACACCAUCAUGGUGACCGUUACGUACGGGGAAAGUGACGACAGCGACCCAGAACCGGAGCGGGAGCAGCUCCCCUCUCACAGCUCUCCCGUGGCCGAGAGCCGACGUCAGGACAGAGGCAACCACGUGGACUCGGGAUCGGCUGUGCAAGCGAUGUACAACAACGUGGACAACGGCCUGAUAUUUAGCGGCCCUGUUUACAUGCAAGGCUUUAGGAAUGAACCUCUGAUGAUGCAACAAGACAUAAGCGACCCGGAUGAGAAGCCGUAUCCCUGCAAAAUAUGCGGGAAACACUUUCGUAAACGCUUUAAUCUGGAGAUCCACAUGAGGGCUCACACGGGCGAGAAGCCGUUCUCGUGUAACGUGUGCGGGAAAGGUUUCACUCGGAAGGACAGCGUGAUCCUGCACAUGAGGACCCACACGGGCGAGAGGCCGUUUAUCUGCGGCUUCUGCGGGAGGCGGUUCGGUCGGAAGGAUAAUUUGGCGUCCCACAUGAGGAUCCACACCGGCGAGAGACCACAUUCCUGUAAAAUUUGCGGCAAAAGUUUCUGCCAAAGUAACGACUUGUUGCGCCACACGAGGACUCACGCCGCCGAGAAGCCCGUUCCCUGCGACAUAUGCGGGAAAAGAUUUCGGGACGCCUCGACGAUGAAUUUUCACAAAAAGAGGCACAAGUGAGAAGUCCCGAAGUGUUCAGGACUGAAAGGGAAAACGGUUUCAUCUUUGUACAAGUAAAACACAUCACGUGUGUCACGUCAUAGCUCUCUACCUCUGCUACAUGUGGGCUGUUUGGACACAUUGUCUUCCUGUGUGUUCUGUGACUGCGUCAACUUUGAAUCGUUUUAGAAUUACGAGGCGUUGCUGACCGUAGGUACAAACGUUAUCUUCCUCUGUCCGGAUUAUGUUUGCUUUCGUCUGCAGCCGCAUGAGGAUAUCUGAGCUGUAAGCAAAAGGUCAGAGUUUGCGUGAAGGUGUGGUCAGAAUAUCUGAAGUAUGAAAGUGCUCCCAGUGGAAGGACGGCCACAGAAACGGCGUGGUGAUACAGACGUGUUGUGCAUUAAGUGCCAUGGAAGUUUCUGCAGCAUCAGCAGAGGUGGCUGAAUUCUCCGGAUACUAAGGAAAGGUCAUACAGUGCUUCCUUCACUACGUCCUUCAGCAGAGGAUCCUUCAGGGCACAGGUGUCGACCUCCAGGCCUCGAGAGCCGCUGUCCUGCAGGUUUUAGACGUGUCCUUGAUCCAACACAGCUGAUUUAAAUGGCUGAAUUAUCUCAUUAACAUGAGGGCUGGUAAUUAACUAAUCAACCUAGCCCUAACUAACCCUGACCCAGGGUGAGAUCUAAAACCUGCAGGACACCGGCCCGCGAGGCCUGGAGGUCGACACCCCUGCUUUAGGAAAACGAGACGAUGCCGUCCCGUUUCGGGAAACGAGCGAUCGAACCAAGCGACGCGGCUCAGAUCAUGAAAAUGUUAAUCCUGCGUUUUCCAUUUUAUUCUGAUUCGUUUGACCCUUACAGGCUGUGAUGAACCCUCAGCUGAAGUAUGAUCGUCAUAUUGUGAUAUAAAUAAAGUCUGCUUCUUGUAAAGUUGUGUUGUGCGAUUUAAUUUAAUCUUACUUUGUUAAGAUUGAGCUGUAUAAAAGUAUCUGUGGGUUUAGGGUUCACCAGCAUUCAGGCUCAUCGUGGCUGAAGUCCUUCCUGAGGUUGUGCUGGGUCUCUGCAGCAGGAGAUGAGCGGACAGGAAGUGCAAUAACCAGAAUGUGAGAAACAUCUGAUUUCUCUCUAUGGGCUGUUUUUGACGUUAAGUAAAUCUGAAUAAUCUUGAUGUGUUAAUACUGCAUGAAGACACGGCCAGAAACACGCCCUGCAUGGCUGAGCUGCCAGCAGUAAACUGAUAAAGCCUGUAACAGCACACAGGUGAGCUCGGAGGAUCUCAUCUGGUCCUCAGGAUGUUGUAGUUUCAUUACAAUGGACCCACAUCAACAACAUCCACCGACACAGCAUUAGGCACGCUGCAUCGGAACAGUCGCAUCUUUCCUUCACCUUAAUGUUUUCCAUCGAGGACGAGAAACAGGAGGGAAUUUGUUUUUUGGGAACCAUUCAUCCAGAUUCCUCUAACACUGUCAAAGACAGAAUAUGCUGCGCUAAAACCAUCACGAGUCACAAAACAGUUUCAGCCUUGUAAUAAAGUCUGGAGAGUGAUCAGAUUUUCAAACAAAUCCAUUAAAAUAAAUCAAGAUCCAAACUAAAUGCUAACUUUGAGUAGUUAAUACAUUUGUUAAGGGAGCAGGAGACUGAAACCCAGAGAAAGAUGGAGCAGAGAGGAAUGCACAAACAAGCACACGGAGCAAAAACAUCUCUCCACAAAGGGAAAGACGAGACCACACGGGACUGAUUACACAACGAGACGCAGCUGGGAACCGAGCACAGCUGCAGACAAUCAAGGCGGGGCGGCAAUCACACAGGAGGGAAGACAAAGAGAGGAAGGGAAGACAGGGCAGGCAUGUGAGGAGAAGCAAUCGCUCAAAUAAAACAGGAAGAGGGACCCAGGACGGCAACGAGAAGCACAACAAACCCAGAACCAUCAGAGUUUAACAGCAACACUGCAGUAACCAUGAGGAGGAGUUUCAUGUGUGUGUUUCCAAGAAGCUUUUGUUUACUAAUCAGCAGGAAGCAGAACAAAGGGAGAUGAUCACAGGAUCAUUUCUUCCCACAGUUUUCGAUGUCUUUGAUUAUUUCACUGCAGAGGGAAGAAACGAGCACAGAUACAGAAGUAAAGUCAGUUACAGUAAAGGUAAAACAUCCCCACGGUGCAGACAUCAGAGUCUAAUCUGCAACAUUUUACUUACUGUCCAGUUACAGAUCGCAUGUAUCACAUGACCUCAAAUGAUUUGUUUGUGAACAACAUGACAUGAAAGCAAAUUAAUUCACAUUAAGUUCACUCCAGAGCACAUCUGCUUAUUCAAAGGGCUUAAAGUUGACCUCAAAAGGGCCUCAGCUGCCCAAGUCCAGUAAAAAUACCUGUUAAAGCUUCACAAGGUUUUCCUUAUUCUUCAGCUGCAGUCACAUAAAUCUCCUGUUCAAACAAACUGCCCUUUAUAAUUGAAAUGUGUGUUUAUAUUGCAACAGAGGCCAAAACUGCAGACAUGAUCAUCUAAAACAUGAGCACCACACGUGGAGCUUAACUGGCAGCACAGAGGCCAACUGAAGACUGAGCUGUUCAAACACAGCUUAUUAAACCACAGGUGGAAACAAUCAGGAAAAUCACAGGGCAGGAAGUCAAACCAGCACACUGCAUGAAAGAAAAUCAAACUUCAAAGUCAAACAGGAAAUAAUCAGAGGAGACUAAACCUAACAUGAACGCAGAGCGACCGAGACAUAAAAACAGCCCGAGACAGAAGGAGGACGAUCAGCAGCACAAGCACAAAGACCUGAACCAACAACCAGGCAGACCUGAAGCAGCUGAAGCUCACAACCACUAAAAGAAGAAGCACAGUUACAUUCAGAUAAUGCAGGCUGCACGAGAAAGUGUGUGUGUGUCUGCAUGCCAAGUAUGGGG